CACCCGGCCGGGGGGAGCCCCACGGCCGCCUACCAGCCGCCUCCUCCUCCCCCCGCCGCGCCUCCGCCUCCUGCCCCCUGCAGCGGGGUUACCUGUCACGGGGAGCCCGCUAAAUUUUACGGAUACGAUAACUUACAGAGACAGCAGAUUUUUACGACACAGCAAGAGGCCGAGCUGGUACAAUAUCCUGACUGUAAAUCGUCCAGUGCUAAUAUUGGCGAGGAACCAGACCACUUAAAUCAGAGCUCGUCUCCUGCUCAAAUGUUUCCCUGGAUGAGACCACAAGCAGCGCCGGGUAGGAGGAGAGGAAGACAAACAUACAGCCGAUUCCAGACUCUAGAGCUGGAAAAGGAGUUCCUCUUUAACCCCUAUCUGACCAGGAAGAGGAGGAUCGAGGUGUCCCACGCACUAGGACUCACCGAGAGGCAGGUAAAGAUCUGGUUUCAGAACAGGAGGAUGAAAUGGAAAAAAGAGAACAACAAGGACAAAUUCCCCGCUUCCAGACAGGAGGGAAAGGAAGGGGAGGCCAAAAAGGAAGCACAUGAUCUGGAAGAAGACAGAGCUGAAGGCCAGACGAAUUAAAUUUUGCCCUAAAAGCCUUUGAGAAAGGCUAUAAAAAAUAACCAGCGCCAUAGCCCGACAUCUCGGCCCGUCUCCCCCUGUACGU